AUUAUGUUACUCUCUUUAGUUCGAACUGUCCUCCUUUCAAGCUCAAGCUUCCCGAAUGCUAAUCCUAAACCCAAGUACCAGUGAACAAGACUGGAAAAAUGGCGUCGUUUCGGCUGACUCGUUCCGCCUCACGCGCCCUCCUCAGACCUUCUCUUUCUUCUUCACUCUCUAUCUUCUCUUCUUCAUCGCAAUCAUCGUCAACCACGAUUACCAGUCCCCAUUUCAGCAACCAAUUCACUCGACUUUCUCACUUAUUUCCUGAUUAUCAUAAUUCUCGUCAUCAUUUCAGAGUCUCCAAGGAAAAUCUAUCGUUCCUUACAAAAUUCAGACCUGGGAUUGUUUGGAUAUCCACCUCUUCUGGAGUCGCCGGCCGCUCUGGUAAAGGUGAUCAACCUCGUAGUAGUAACAAUAACAAUAGUGUUGCCGGGGUUCCAUCUUGGGUUGACGUUUAUUUGCCCCGUGGAAUUCAGCCUUACGCUAAGCUUGCCCGCCUCGAUAAGCCUAUUGGAACUUGGUUGCUUGCUUGGCCUUGUAUGUGGUCAAUUACAUUAGCAGCAACACCUGGCCAUCUUCCUGAUUUUAAGAUGAUGGCUUUGUUUGGUUGCGGGGCACUGCUUUUGAGGGGUGCUGGUUGUACCGUCAAUGACCUCCUUGAUCGGGAUAUUGAUACUAUGGUGGAACGGACAAAGCUAAGACCUGUUGCAAGUGGUCUUUUGACACCAUUUCAUGGGAUUUGUUUUCUUGGUUUACAACUGCUCUUGGGUCUUGGAAUUCUCCUUCAACUUAAUAAUUAUAGCCGGGUAUUAGGAGCUGCAUCCUUGUUGCUAGUCUUCUCCUAUCCUCUCAUGAAGAGGUUUACAUUUUGGCCCCAAGCCUAUCUGGGUCUGACCUUCAACUGGGGAGCGUUAUUAGGUUGGUCGGCUAUUAAAGGAAGUCUAGAUCCAGCCAUUGUGCUCCCACUGUACUUUUCUGGGGUAUUCUGGACUCUUGUGUAUGAUACAAUAUAUGCACAUCAGGAUAAAGAGGAUGAUAUUAAAGUUGGUGUUAAAUCUACAGCCUUGAGGUUUGGGAAUUCAACCAGGGAGUGGACUACUGGGUUUGGAAUUGCAUCCAUAAGUAGUCUUUCUCUCAGUGGAUUCAAUGCUGAUAUAGGGUGGCCAUAUUAUGCCUUUCUCGCAGCAGCAUCUGGACAAUUGGCUUGGCAGAUAUGGACCGUUAAUCUAACAUGUCUUACAGAUUGCAAUAGGAAGUUUUUGUCCAACAAGUGGUUUGGUGCACUUAUUUUCAGCGGGAUUUUAUUUGGAAGAGCCUUCUCAUAAAGUGGUGGAGAAAAGUGAGUUUUGCAAGAACUAGUUGAAGAGUUAAAUAUUAACAGAGGAGCGAGUGGCAUACAAAAGGAGGAAGAAUGAGAACCAAGAAGGGUCGCAAUAAUGAAUGGAUAAGUGGAAGAAACCAGUAGAUGUGAUGGAGCGUUUGAUAACCACAUAAAGAUUUCUGAUGGAGAUACAUCCCACAUAAAGGGUUGAACUUGCAAUUACAUUUAGAAGGAAGUGGCAAAAUGCAGUAAAACAAACUGAUGGAGAGGUAGUCCUACAUCCUCUAAGUGCCAAGUCGAGUCUACGAAUAACACAGCUUAGAGUUCACUCUGGUAAUAUAUCGAACAAUGAUUAAUCUAAAAAUUAGAUAGCCGAUAAUAAAUAA